GCUUUAAUGGCAUACACCAAUAAUUCUCAGAAUGUAGAUUCGGGCAAUUUUUGUGUUUGUUGUUUACCUCCUCUUGAAAUGAUGGACGAGGAACGAAGGUUAAGGUUGCCAAUCACUCCUGAAAGAUUUUCAAAUCCCUUGUGUACGCGUAGUGGGAUAUGUGCUGUAAUCGUGGUUGGAGUGAUCCAAUGUGCUAUUCUCGGAUAUCUUAAAGACCUUGGUAAUGAAGUGAUCCAAAACACUUUGCCGUAUAUUCUCAAUAGGUUUAAAGUGUCCUCUUCAAAGCAUGAUUUUCCACGUCCAAUGAUUAAUUUGGAUUUUAAGGAGGUCGUGAAG